ACGAAUUACCUUAUUAUUCCAGCAUAGUUAUCCGUCACAAACGCUGCCGCCAAAUAAAAAUUAGCGGAUCACGAAAAGAAAAAUGCCUAUUCUGGCUUCUUUAGUAAGCUCAUGGCUCGGGAUACCCAGCUCUGAUAAAGGUUCAAUUCCCCAGGAAAACCAGGAAACUUCACCAGCCCAGCAAAGACCAUCUGCCAAUGUUUCAAUCCCACCAGCAACACCAACUCCACCAACUAUUUCUGCUGCUCCACAAAGAACAUCGCCAAUCACAGCAGCACAGCAACCGUCAUGGGACCGUUCGAUUCGACAGUUCGGUCUGCUUCUCACUGGUGCUGGGUUCCUUGCUGCAUCUGUUGCUGUAUCAAGACGUUCAGUGCUACGAAUGCGGCACGAUCUCUUCCCCAAAUUUUACACUUCCAACCGACACCGUCAAGUUUGACUCAGGUGACAGAUCUUUACUCGCUGUGCAAGCCCUUGGACUUGCCACGCUCAACGUCAUGAGCUUUGGAGUCAUGCUGGUUGGAGGCAUUUCCUGGGCAUUUGAUCUCUCCUCGAUAGAGGAAUUGAGGCAGCGGACACAGGCUGUGACCCGUAGACCCGGGAUGGUGAGCCCUGAAGAUGAAAAGGCUAUGGAGGAGUUGAUAGAGGGACUUAUGGGCAAGAUGGGAAUGGAGAAGCCACAGAAGCCUUCAAGCAUUCUCCAAGAGGAUGAGAAAUGAUGGCCUUAUGUCGCCUGUUGGGCCAAGGCGCUCCUCGAUACUACAAGGCUGAGCAGAGCUUGGCGUGUAAGAUACGAUGUAUUCAUAUUAUGCGAGGUGGAAAAUUCCAAUCCCAAAACGACCCCUGAAGAACAUUGGGCAUUCAACCAGUCGUAUUGAAAUAUCAUACAGUGAAUUUGCCCCAGAAGGAGGGAUCCCACAUAGUAAACAUGCAGCGUAAGCUCUUCAUUGAUUAUAC